UACUGCUGCUGAAUUGUUCAGUUUUAAAACCGCAGAAGUUUUUGUUACACUAUACGACGAACGCACUACGAAGAAGAUCACACAUCACUAUCACCUAAAUAAACUGACCCCUGUGAGAGUAGAAGUGCCUGUAUCGGAAAAAUAUGGAACAGGAGCACAUGUUAAGUCAGAAAGCAGCUUCAUAGUCUUGUUGCUGGGAAAGGGAGGCGAUUCUAAAUUCUAUUUUCCGUAUGAAAUGCUGAUUAUGCAUUCGGCUGGAAAGGAGUUUUACCAGCUAAAAUUCAGCAAUUUUGAGAGUAAAUACGAGUACUUAAUGCUCACCACUGACAACGGCACGACAAUAAGCAUUGCGUCAGAACAUUUAACGUUCAAGAAGGAGGCAGAAGAGCUUGUUCACUUGGAGCCAGUUACGCAAUUAGGAAAAAUUUCAAGCGACAAACCAAUAUCAGUGUUUGUUUUGACGGGAUCCAAUGCGUUAUUUGUUGCGCUAUUACCCAAAUCCGAAUGGGUUGAUUUUUACUUCAUUAAUGUACCUCGCGUUGGCAACGAUUUUGAAUAUUUUGUGUUGGUCUACUCCAGACUCCUAUACACAGUAAGGAUCGACAGUCAGCCUGUUGCCAAGUGGGAGGUGAAAAAGCAGUUAAAUGACGGGAUCUACUACGGCUCACUGAGGUACGCCGGGGGUAACUACAUCACAGCCAAUACUGCCUUUGGAUGCUACAUGUAUGCGAGAUCAGUUCAUUCAGGCAACAGCUCGUCCUUCAGGCAAUACCUGUAUCAUACCAAGUCUCCCAAUGAACUAUUUGAGGAUUACAUUGAUAAUGUAAGAAAGAAGGAAGGACUAGUAGAGGAACAUAACUUCACCACUAUGGCUAUGUCGACUCUCCCAACCACUGAUAUUGAUGUUACCACUGAUAUGACUACUCUGAAGUUUUUAGCAGCCAAAGUUUGCUUGAUUGGCUAUUACGGCCAAAGAUGUGAGUUUGAAUGCAACUGCACAAAACCGUUCUGCAGCAAAAUUAAUGGAACCUGCUAUGAAGAAGAUUGUCAGAAGGGCUGGUUUGGCGAUGAAUGUAACAUAGAGGACUUAACGGUUUAUGCUGUGCAUGCUUCACCUUCGGCAUAUUUCGAUGGAGAUUCAACAACUUGCAGACCUUUGGAAAACAAACAAGUGUUUAUAGAACUAUAUGAUCGAUUCUACUUAACCUCAUUUACAUUUGUUUUAGAAGAACCAGAAACUGUCAAAGAAAAAGAGGUCGUUGUAAAAUUCUACAACGGGAAGACAAAAACCUUCGAUUUUUCAAGAGAAAGAAUACUAGUUUUUACAGAGAAGCCAAAUCGUUUCCGAUUGCAGAUGAAAGCUGUUUUGAGAAAAAGAAAGUUUUACUUUGAGUUUAAGAAAGACUUAUCCAUCUGCUCUAUAUAUGUGUAA